UUCAGUAACUGACAGUGAUGACGUCAUCUUGUCGUGUCUCCUCCGAGCCGCUGGUGGCGGUAAAACCUGUCCGCUGCGCGCGCCGCUCCGGAAGAAGAAGCCCCGCCGCGAGCGUUAGCGGAGCAGUUUGUCUGGAAAUCAUCGUUAAUGUUCGUUAAUGUUCGUUAAUGUUCGUUAAUGUUCGUUAAUGUUCGUUAAUGUUCGUUAAUGUUCGUUAAUGUUCGUUAAUGUUCGGUCACCGACCGGUUCUGAAGGGUCAACACUCAAACAAAGUACCCGUGGCGCGGGUCCUGACUCGGUUCGGUCUGUUGGUUAGCUGGCUUAGCUUAGCCCCUCGUCCAUGAUGCGGAACAGACCCCGUCAGGGGCCGCCGGGCAAUGCAGGACCGCCCUUCGACAUGGGGCCACCAGGCUGGGGUCCUCCGCCGCCGGGAGGCUGGGGUCCUCCGCCGCCGGGAGGCUGGGGUCCUCCGCCGCCUGAGGAAUGGGGUCCACCGCCGCCCGGAGGAUGGGGACCACUGCCACCUGAAGGAUGGGGCCCGAGGGGACCUCCGCCCCCGGACUGGGGACCAAGAGGACUGCCGCCGCCUGGCUGGGGGCUGCAUCCUGACGACUGGCUGCAUCCUGCAGAGCACUGGAGACGUCUUCAUCCCGAUGACCUCAGACCUCCUCACCCCGACGACUUCAGACCUCCUCACCCCGACGACUUCAGACCUCCUCACCCCGACGACCUUAGACCUCCUCACCCCGACGACCUUAGACCUCCUCACCCCGACGACCUCAGACCUCCUCACCUCGACGACCUUAGACCUCCUCACCUCGACGACCUUAGACCUCCUCACCCCGAUGACCUUAGAGCUCCUCACCCCGAUGACCUUAGAGCUCCUCACCCCAACGACUGGAGAUUUCACCCCGAAGACUGGAGACCUCCUCACUGGAGACCACGUCCAGAGGACUGGGAACCCCAUGGCUGGGGUCGGGAAGGACCAUCCGAGCUGUGGCCCCCCGAGGCUGUUCCUCCAGGACCUCUCCCACCUCCUCCUGUCGGUGUUCCUCCUCCUGUCACUGUUCCUCCUCCGGACCCUGCAGCAUACGGACCGGUGCCCAUACCUCCUCCUGUCCCCCUUCCAGCCUGCGUCCCUCCAUUGGGAUUCCCGGCCUACCCUCCUCCUGGUUGGACUGGAGAGCCUGUUGUAGAGGAAGUGAUGCCAAACCCGCCACCAGACCAGCCUGAGUGGAUCAAAGCUCUGAUCUCAAACCCGUCCACUGAGUUGACUCCGGGGGAAACUAAGAAGUCCACAGAGGAGCCCGCUGUCACGACGCCUGCAGACGACCCUGCUGCUGCCCCUAAACCAAAACCUAAACCAGAUCCCGCCAAGGCCGCCAAAGCCCUCGGCCUGCUGGGAAAACGCUGCUUUGAUAAGCCUCCUCCGGGCCGGUCCACAGGAAUCAUCUCAUUCAUCGGGCCGACCUUCGGCUACAUCGAGAGAGAAGAUCUGGAGAAGUUCACCUUCAGCUUUGCCGCCUUCUUUGGAAACCCCAAAGCCAUGACACCCGGGGUCCGAGUCCACUUCACGGCCUGCAAGGAGAAGAACAACAGUCUGAUAGCGACGGAUGUGAAAGUGGCUCCGGGUGGAACUGAGAACGUGGACCCAGAGAUCUAUGAGGCGGUGGUCAGUCAGCCCAUCACGGAGCCUCAGCCUGGCGAGCGUCAGUACCCCGGUCAGGUUCACGUGAACAUCGGGCCACUGAGGACCAGCCUAACAUUCGACAGGAAGGACAGCACAGUGACGCUACUGAAGGAUGAUCAGGUGCUCAUCAACCUGCUGACCGACAUUGUCAGCGAAAAGAGGAGAGCCACAAACAUCAAACCCAAAAUCCCUUCGACCUUCAGUCACACCAAGGAGACGAGGGAGGAGGGAGUCAUUGUCAGCCUCAAAGACAAUGAAGGCCUCAUCAAGUCCGACCAACACGGCAAGCUUUCUUUUAGCACCACAGAGAACUUCAGUGACAUCGAGUUCACCGCCGAGGACGUCAAUGAGACCGUUGAGUUUACCGCCAUCAUGCUGAGAGCGGGGAAGCGGGCCAUCCGGAUUCGGAGGGUGAAGGAGCCCCUCCUCCUGACGCUCUGCUCCGCCACUGCUGCCAUCGAGGAAGCCGAGACCCAAAACACAGAUCACGAUGGCAAAGAAGACUCUUCCAAAUGGCUCAAAGGGAAGGCCAACGUCAAGCCGCAGCUGGCGCCCAACAUGCAUCUGGACACGGAGCUGUACGAGGGCGUGGUCAGCCAGCCAAUCAUUGAGCCCACAUCUACCAUAGAGGGUUACCUGGGUCAGAUUCAUGCCAACAUUGGGCCCGCCAGCACCAACGUGACCUUCGACCACCAGGACUGUGGCGUCACACUGCUAAAGAAUGACCACGUGCUGAUCAACCUGCUGGUGGAUGUUAUGACCAAGAAGAGGAGAGCGGCCAACAUCAAACCCAAAGUCCCGUUCACCUUUAGCUACACCAAGGAGAAGAGAGAACUGGGCAUCAUCACUUGGCUGGGAGCUGACGAAGGCAUUGUCAACUCAGACGAGCAUGGCGAACUUCCUUUCGGCAUCUGUGAGAACUUCAGCGACACAGAGUUCACGGCCACAGACAUCCACAAGGAGGUGGAGUUUACAGUCGCCAUGGUGAAAUCAAAGAAGAGAGCGAUCAGGCUCCUGAGGACAAAGAGGGCCGAAGACCAAAUCCUGGAGGAGCAGAAAAGACGUGAGGAGGAGGCCAAGAAGAAGAAACAAGAGGUUGAGCAGAGGAAGAGGAGGGAGGAGGUGGAGAGGAAGAAGAAGGAGGAGGUGGCGGCAGCGCUGGAGGCAGCCAAAUGCAAAUGGACGCCGCUCGGCUUCAAAAUAAGAGUCCCUGACACGAUGGACGACAUCAGCAAGGAGCGAUUCGAAGGCACCGUCCUCAAAGCCAUUUCCAAAAACAUCAAGAAAAUCAAGAUGGAGCCAAAGGAGCAACUAGGAGGUGGAGGAGGAGGCGCUGAGGCUGGACAGACUCUCCUCGGACAGCUCAAAAUUAAGGUGGAGAAAACAGAUGAGGAGAAUGAAGGGGUGAAGGGAAAACCUGAAGCAGAUGGAGGAGAGGAGGUAAAGUUGGAGGUGAAAAAGGAGGAGGAGGAGGUGAUGAUGAAGAAUCAGUCAGCUGACACUGGAGGCGGAGCUGCAGCAGGGGGCAGAGCCAGCACAGCCCCAGAGAUGGGUCGACUGGUGAUGACCAUCGACGGUCAACAGAAACAGCUUUCCUUCUGUACCAAUGAUCUGCUGACCACCGCCACCAUGCUGGAUGGAGACAAGGUGCGUUUCAACAUCGCCACCCAUCAGGAGACCAAAGAGGAACGAGCGACCUACGUAGAGAUUCUCCCCGACUCCUUUGAAGAGUCCAUUGAACAGCGUCGACACGGAAUCGUGAUCGAGUUCUCGGACGACUCAGGACUCAUCAAAUGCACUCAGAACCCUCAACUCUACUUCCACAUGUCCGAGGUGAUCGAGAAGAAGAAACUGGAGCUGAAUGAGAAGGUCGAGUUCAGUGUCGUCCCGCAUGAAACAGCAGAGGGGGGGAACCAGGCCAUCAGGAUCAAACGCCACGUGGAGAGCGUCUUCCUGCCUGUUCGUAAACUGGGCGGUGUUGGAGCGACCAAAGGAAAGAUGACCAUCAAGCUGACAAAGUCUUCAGAAGACGCUGAGAAAGGAAAACCAGACGCAGAAAAGCUGAAGGCGGUGGUGAAGAGUCUUAGAUCACAGGACAGCAAGACCGGUAUCAGCAGAAGGGAUUACAGUGCGACGCGGCGUAGAUACGGACUCAGCAGGAGCAGAAGUAGAAGCAGGAGUCAAAGUAGGAGUAGGGCCAAGAGUAGGAGUAAAAGUAGGAGCAGGAGUCCGCCCAGAGACCAGUUUGGACGUAUCAUCAAACAGAGACACAGCACCAGUGCAGACCAUGACCAUAAAAGCAGCAGGCACAAGCGAAGCCGAAGCAGAGAGAGGUCAAACAGGCACCCCAACAGCCCCAAGAAGAGUCGCAGCCGAAGCAAGAGCUCCAGCAGGAGUCGCAGCAGGAGCAGGGAGAGGAGCAAGGACCGGACCCACAAGAGGAGGAGCAAGAUCAGCAGAGAGCGCGAAGAAAGUCACAAGAGAAGGAGGGAGGUGAGUCCUCCUCCCAGACGUGUUGGAGUCAUGGACGAUGAGCUGGCAAGGAAGAAGCGUGAGCUGGAGGAGCUGAACGAGAUGAUUGCCUACAAAAAGUCUCUGGUGGACGUAGACCCUGGACAGAGGACCUGCAUAGACUACAACCAUGGCAGGAUCACAGUCCCACUUACUGAGUAUAAACCAGUCCGAUCCACCUUGAAAAAACAACCAGAAGGCCAUCUGUCUCACCUCUAUGACGAUCCUUAUUAUGACCGGCCAUAUAGUCCUUACCAAGAUCGGCGCUAUGAUGACCGCUACGGUGAGCCGUACACAAGUCGACCUUACAAUAAACGCCCAUAUGAUGACCGUCCCUACGGUGACCGCCCUUAUGAAAGUCGUGUCUAUGGUGAAGCACCGUAUGCUGGCCCUCCAUCUGCCAGCCAACGUUACACAGAUCGCUACGAUGUUUAUGAUGAACCCUAUGACAACCGAUACUACGACCCAGUAUACGUGGACCGACCAUACAAUGAUCCAUAUUGUCCUGUUAAACAGAGCCAUUCUCCAGAACGCCAUAGUUCCUCAUCUCCUCCUCACCCUGGGAGAAUUCCUGCUGCCUCCACCCAACCGCACUAUACUGUUUCCCCUUCAUCUUCCCGACCCCCUUUCAGACCUCCUUCUCCCACAGAACCGCCUCCUCGAAGCCCCUCUCCCAAACUGAUGAAUACAACACCAUGCCAAUCACCUCCAGCUGAGAAACCACCACUCGAUCGCUUCCUCGACAUGCUGAAUAAAAAGGUGGAUGCUGAAAAGAAAUCAAAACCAGUUUAUGUGAAUGAUGACCUUCUGCCUCAUGAGCGGGCAAUUCAAGAUGGCAGGGGUUUCUCUCGGAUUGUGGGAUUGGCUCAAGAGAAACCCAGCAGCAGCAGCCUGACACUGGAAGGGGAAAAGAAACAAGUCAGCCAUAAACGGUCCUCAGUAGAGAGAACCAGCGAGGAACCAAAGAGUCAGACAGAACCCUACGACAAGAUCCAGAGUCUACUGCGUACAAUUGGCCUGAAGCUGAGCACAGGAGAUAUGUCCAAAUUGGCAAGCCGAGCCCAAGAGAAGAUCUACAGCCCAAAGUCUUCUUCCACAGAAAGAGAGACUUUGUCAUCACCAAGGGAAGCACUGCGAACAAGUAGAACUGGAUCCAUUGAAUUGGAUCACAUCCAUUCCCCGUCCCCUGUCAGGUCCUCCAGUGUGGAGCCGCUCAACAGACAUGAAGCUGUUUCGGAGUAUGAAGGAUUCCUAGACCAGCAAGAGUUGGAGGCACUAAAGAAGGCACAACAGUUGCAGAGUCUUACUAAAACAAUAGGGAGCACACCCUCCACCGCUCCUCCCGUGAAACCUUCUCCUGGUCCUGCUCACUACCAGCAUCCACCCUCACAAAUCAACUGGCCCCUUGGAAUCACUACACAGAUUCCUCCAACUCAGAGCCCCACAACCCUCAGCAUGAGCACUCCAGCUCCUCCUGCAGCUAGUCAGCCACCCCAGACAUUUGGCCCUACUGCAGGCCCCCCCCCUGGACCUCCUCCUGGGCCUCCUCCACUGCGUCUUGGACAGCUUCCUCCAGGGCCUCCUCCUGGGCCUCCACCCCGACGUUCUCCCGGACAACCUCCUUUUGCUCCACCCACCAGUCAUGCAGUCCUUCCUUUUAUUGGCCAGCCUGCUGCAUCUUUACCUCUGAUCUCCUGCAGUCCUUUGCAGUCUGUAACCACUGCUGUAGUAACACCAACACCACCAUCAACAACACCAGCAACAUCAAGCCCUACAAGCAGCGACCAAGCAACCAUCUCUACCACAGUGGCCAGAUGCCUGAAGGUCAUUGAGACUGUCAAAUCUCUGGCUGCGCAGCCACCAGCUAAACCAGUCAAAACAGUCCAGUUCAGUUUACCCACAGAGUCUCCAUCAGCCUCUAGUCUUCAGACCUCAACAGAGACAGACGAGGACAUAAAGACCAAGCAGAAGGAGAAGCUGGAUUUGUAUAAUCAGAGGAUUAUGGAAAAGAGGGAGCAGCAGUACAAGGAGAGGCUCACCCGCAAGAAAGAAGAGAAGAACAAGGACGGCACACUGAUCCCCCCAGGCAAGCCAAUCAGCAGUGAGCCCAAGAACAUUUGGAUAUGUGGUCAUUCGCUGGUCUUCUGGGCUGAGUCACGGGCCAAGUCUCCAGAGGUAGGUAUGCAGCUGGGCAUGGACCCUAGCAAGGUGGCCAUCUGGUGGAAGGGUACUCAGGGCAUGACGUGGCCCCAGCUCCUGCCCCAGCUCCACCAGUUGAAGGUCACCUGGCCCAACCCGGACGUCCUCAUCAUACACCUGGGCGGCAACGACCUGAGCACUGACAGCCCCACUGACUUGCUGGCCUCUGUCAAGAAGGACCUGACGUCCAUGAGGAGCAUUUUCCCGCAGUGUGUCCUCGUGUGGUCCAACAUCCUCCCUCGCAGGGCGUGGCGCCACUCAGAGGACAGCCAUGAAGUUGAUCUGGUCCGAACCACAGUGAAUCGCAGGAUCCAAAACAUCAUCUCAGACCUGGGUGGCACCUCGCUGACCCACGACAACAUACGGUGCGGCGCAAACACAGGUCUGUAUCGGACAGACGGCGUUCAUCUGUCCCCCAAAGGCAUCGAUGUUUAUAAUCUGAACCUCCAGGAUUUUCUGGAGAAAUGGGAGAUGGCUUCAGAGAAAAGCUAAGAGGUGUAAUGCUUUUUUUCUGUUGUUUUUAUGUCAUCUCUUUUAGUUCUGAUCAUAGCUAGGCAGUUCAAUUUAAAUAACUACAACUUUAUUCAAGUUCAUAAAACUCAUCUAUGAAGAAUCCCAUCUAGUUAGUAGUUUUCUUAUUGUGUAGGAACAGCCAUUAUACAUGGGAAAUAUCUUUGUCUUCAACAAUAAACUGUAUACGAACUGAUCAGCUGUUUGAUCUCAGUCUUCAUUUUCUGAAUGAACUCUGUGAACCUGCAGGUCUGGAUGUGAUUUUAAAGAACAGCAACAUUUUGUUCAUGUGGAGAUCAUUUUUAUAAUCUAAGCACACAGCUGUUACUUUUGCAGGUAAAUGUAGUAUCAUCGAUAAUCAACAUUUUCAUCAUUUGUGCUUCAAGUUUGAUUAAACACAAAUGACUUUUUACAGAUUUGAUUCUGGGCUCUGCGAUCAGACUCAAAAGGUUGCAGGAACAAAGUCCAUAUUGUAUAGUCAUGUUAACACAUGAAAUCUUUUUUUUUUUUCUUCUAAAAGUCAGUCAUUUUCUGAACAUGUUAUUAACACCAAAAUAAAACAAGAUGUUUUA